AUGACUUUAAAUCAGGCUGCAGUGAGCCACAUGUGUGGGAAAAAUGAUACAUAUAAGGGGUUAGCUACCUCAACUCCUGCCUUGGGAGUUAAAACUCAGUCCACACCCGGUCCCAGGUCAACUGCCGCCUGUGAUGAUAGCCAUGCGCCCAAGGCUAAACAGGCACUUGAUGCGGACUCCCUGCUUGUUGAUCCUGUGCCAGCGGAGGUUCAGAGAGUCAUUGUGGAGCACAUUGUAAAACAUGACUCGCCCAUGCACACUCCCUCUGCUUUUGAGUUCCGCUCAUUUUCUGGAAACUCUCCAAAACCCCCUGAUGAGGUAGAGUACAGGGUAUGGCGACUUAGAGCUAAACAGGUGCUAAAUGACUCUGCCCUUUCUGAAGGGCAGCAGCGCCGUGUUUUCCUCGAUAGCUUGGCUAGCCCUGCUUUGAAUGUGGCCCUUUCUAUUGGGUCUCAAGCACCACCAAAAGACUACCUCGAUGAGCUCGACAAGGCUUAUGGCAAUGUCACUGGAGGUGAAGAGCUGUAUAUCCAGUACCUAGAGACUCAUCAGAAUAGUGGAGAAAAGGCAUCUGAUUACUUGCGCCGACUCCAAACGUUGCUGCAGGAGGUAGUUGACGGUAAUGGCAUACCUAGAAGUGAUUUUGAUGUUCAGCUACUAAAGCAGUUCCUCAGAGGUUGCUGGGAUGACUCUCUAAUUGCCGCUCUGCAUCUAAAAGAAAUAGUGGGAUCUGCACAUCAUGUUAUUCCCACUUUCUCAGAGCUGCUUUUUAAAAUCAGAACUUAUGAGAAAGAGAGUCAAUUAAAAGAAAUGCGCAGGAGACGUUACAUGAGCGGCACCUCAACUAAAGUGCAGGCUCGAACCCUUGUAGCCACAGAUGACUGCAGGCCUUCUGGCAUACCUCCCACAGCCCUGGAUGCUUGUACCAGAGAGCAACUGGAGGAGAGAAUCAGGCAGCUAGAAGCAGAGCUAAUGAACAGCUCAUCUGCAGCAAAUUCUCAAUCUCCCAAAAGUGAUAAAACUAGGCAGAAGCUAUCGCACAGGACCAAAAUCCACAAUCCAGCUCCACCAACUCCUGCUAGGCUACCUGGUGAUCAUAAAAGGGUUGGGAAAUUUUGCUAUAAUUGUGGGGAGGAUUCACAUAUGCUGCCACAAUGUUCAAACCCCACCAAUGCCAUAUUAGUGCAAAAGAAAUUGUGUGAAAGGCACAGUGCUGGGCAAAGCCAGUGUUCAAUGGCUCAACGACAGAAUGAUCCACAGUCCAACUUGCCUUUAAACCAGUAGGAGCUCCUGCUGUGGAACGAGCAGGAGCUGAUGGUCAGAGUAGUUCCAAGCCUUCAAGCCAGUGCAUGUACGAAGCCCCAGCUCCAACAGUGCCUUCCCAGUUUCCCCAGGGUCUAAUUGGGGAGCCUUGUGAUGGUUUAGCAUGGUUAGAUCAAGUUCCAUGUCAGUGUUUAAUUGAUACCGGGUCCCAAGUGUCAAUAAUAUCAGUCAUUCUACUCUCGCUAUCUUUCUCAUAGAGAGCUGUUCUCUAUAAAAGAGGUACUAGACAUCGAAGGUGCGGCUGGACAAAAGGUACCAUAUGUUGGGUACAUUGAGGCUAAAGUUCAGUUCCCUGAAAGUGCUUGUGGCACAGACAAGUGUUUCAACAUCCUAGCAUUAGUUAGUCCAGAUCAAUCAUACAAUGAUAAAUUUUCUCUUCUUGUGGACACAAAUGUGUUAGGUCCCAUGAUACAAGACUGUCAAAAAAAGGGUGGAGCAAAGUUCCUGCAAACUCUACCCAUUGACACCAACUGGGUCAUGGCAUACACCGAAUGUUUCAAACAGGCUGACCCCCAAGCAGACGAGGUCAAAGCCCUCCGUGUUGCACUCUCCAGCAAGGUACCGGUGCAUUUGAAACCAGGUGAGGUGUAUACUUUGAAAGCCAUCUGCCACACUAAGCCUGGGAGCGAUAAAUUUCAAGCUGUUGUGUGUAGCUCGGAGGACACACCCACACCAGGUGGGCUUAUCAUCUAUGACCAGAUAGUCGAUGUACAACCUAUGUCCCACUGUAAGUUUAAAGUUGCGGUCAAAAAUGCCUCUCGGCGGGGCAUCACACUGUAUCCUGGGACAGCUUUUGCUGAGUGCUCCCCCAUUGAUUGGGCAGUUCCCGUUGCACUCUCUGAUCUGAACCCCCAGCCCAAAGAUGCUCCUUUGCAGGCACAUUCCCUGCUAGCUUCUCACAGCGAAGACGGUAGCCAAUCUGCUGUGCCUCUUGGCCUUGAUUUUGGGGACAGCCCGAUAUCGCCACAAUAUAAAGAGCACAUACAGGCUAGAAUUGCCAAAGAAGCAUCAAACGCUUUUUCAAAACAUGAUCUUGAUGUUGGUAUUGUGACUGGGGUCACUCAUCGCAUCGAGCUGGAACCUCAUGUCCCAUUCAAAGAGCGGACAAGACGCGUUUCACCCGCUGAUUUCAAUGACUUGAAAAGACACCUCCAAGACCUUUUGGCAGCAGGCAUUAUAGAGGAGUCACAUAGCCCCUAUGCCUCUCCAGUAGUGCUUGUUAGGAAAAAGAAUGGGGAACUGCGAAUGGUUGUAGAUUAUCGGAGACUAAACAACCUCACCAAAAAGGACGCUUAUCCAUUGCCUCGUAUAGAGGAGACGUUCACUCUGCUCUCUGGUUCAAAAUGGUUCACUGUUUUAGAUCUCAAGAGCGGGUACUAUCAACUUGAAGUCGAGCCAUGUGAUCGACCGAAGACAGCAUUCACAACGCCGUUCGGAACAUGGCAAUUUCGGAGGAUGCCUCAAGGCUUGACUAACUCCCCUGCCACAUUUCAACAGACCAUGGAGAAAGUGAUGGAGGGAAUUAAUCUCCAGGAGGUUGUUGCAUUUCUAGAUGACCUCAUAAUCUUCUCAAACUCACUGGAAGAGCAUGAAGAGCGGGUGAUGAAGGUCCUUAAGCACAUUGCUGAGUUUGGUCUGAAGUUAUCCCCUUCUAAAUGCAAGUUCUUCCAAACCUCCGUGAAGUAUCUGGGGCAUGUAAUAUCUGCCCAGGGGAUCCAGCCUGACCCAGACAAAAUUGUUGCUGUGAAAGACUGGCCAUGCCCACAAACUGCCAAAGAGCUUCGGUCAUUUCUAGGUUUCACGGGGUAUUACAGGCGGUUUGUGAGGGAUUAUUCUUGCAUUGUCAGGCCACUCAAUGACUUGUUAAAGGGAGAACUAGCCCCCAGGCAUAAAGGCCAAAAACAUUGGCCAUGAACAAGGUCACCCCCACUUGGGGCAAAAUGGACCCCUGCCUGCCAGGCUGCUUUUGACCUUAUUGUUGAAAAGCUGAUUUCAGCACCGGUUCUGGCUUUCGCCAACUGGCAGCUCCCGUAUGUACUACACACAGAUGCCAGUAUGUCAGGCCUGGGGGCAGCACUGUAUCAGGUUCAAGAUGGCCAGACUCGAGUAGUAGCUUAUGCUAGUCGUGGCCUCUCCAAAAGCGAAAAGAAUUACCCUGUACAUAAAUUAGAAUUUCUCGCCCUCAAGUGGGCAGUAAGUGAGAAGUUCCAUGAUUAUUUGUAUGGGGCUAAUUUCAAGGUGCUGAUGGAUAACAACCCUUUGACAUAUGUGUUGACCAGUGCGAAGCUUGAUGCUACAAGUCACAGAUGGCUUGCUGCUCUGUCGCUUUAUAACUUUGACAUACACUACAAAUCUGGCCAACAUAACACUGACGCUGACGGGCUCUCUAGGAGGCCUCAUGGACCCUCAGAGGAGGACGAGGAGUCCCUGGAGACAGACAGAAAAAUCUCCAGCAUGCUGGAAUGUGCUAGCUUGUCCCCUGAGGAGUUUAAAGUUCUCGAUGGGGAGGCAAUGAGUACUGUGUGUAAGCGUCAUAGUGUCAAUGUCAACACGAUCUUAGGUGAAGGCACACAGACAGUCGGCACUGUAAUCCCUGCCGUGGAAACACUCUUGUGCAAUGACAGUGCGGUUCCUGAUGACCUUGAGGAUCCGGUCCCCAUACCUGGCCAAUCAGCUCUACCAGGAAUGUCUAUGGCGGACUGGUAUCAGUUACAGAGAAAUGAUAGCUCUUUAGCCCGCGUCAUAGGCAUUCUGGAGACUGGGGAUGAGACUUUUGACAGAAGGUCUGAGGAACCUGAGGUGGUUCUGUUUUUACGGGAGAAAUCCAAGUUAUGUCUAGUUGAGGGAGUACUAUACCGCAAAGUUUUCGAUCAAAAAGGGGAGGCCUUCCAUCAACUUGUCAUUCCUGACAGCCACAGAGAGAGAGCCUUCCAAGGAGUUCAUGACGAGACAGGCCACAUGGGUAUUGAGAGAACCUUAGAACUGGCCAGAGCGAGGUUUUACUGGCCAAAAAUGGCUAGCUAUAUUGAGAACAAAUGUAAAACAUGUGAGAGGUGUGUAAGGCGAAAGGCACGAGUGCAGAAAGCUUCCAAACUUGUCAACAUCAAAGUCAGUGGUCCCCUUGAAUUAGUUUGCAUAGACUUUCUGACAAUAGAACCCGAUUCGAGGGACACCAGGAACAUCCUAGUACUAACUGAUCAUUUUACAAAAUAUGCACAGGCAUAUCCCACGAGAGAUCAGACAGCGAAAACGGUGUCCACAGUUUUGUGGGAGAACUUCAUCAGUCACUACGGGUUUCCUCGCAGAAUCCAUAGUGAUCAAGGUGCUUGUUUCGAAUCGGAAAUAGUGGCAGAGCUUUGUAAACUAGCAGGGAUUACAAAGUCCCGUACAACACCUUACCAUCCACGUGGAAAUCCGGUGGAAAGAUUCAACAGGACUCUGUUGGACCUCCUCGGAACUCUGGAGGAUAAGAAAAAAGAGGAGUGAAGGAAGUAUGUUCGCCCCCUUGUACAUGCUUAUAACUGUACAAAACAUGACGCAACUGGAGAAGCGCCCUUCCUUCUGAUGUUUGGUAGAGAGCCACGCCUUCCGAUUGACCUCUGUUUUGGACUUAGUCCACGUGGCCACAGCACCAGAACACAUAUUCAGUAUGUACGAGAACUAAAGAGUAGGCUGAAGUAUGCAUACGACCUAGCCUCAAGAAAUGCUGAGAAGAGACAAUUGUUGAACAAAAGACGCUGGGAUGCUAAGGUUACUGCCCUUCCAUUGGAAGUGGGUGACAGAGUCCUGGUAAGGAAUCUGAGCCUCAGAAAGAAACACAAAAUCUCUGAUAAGUGGGAGCCUAUUGUGCACAUCGUUGUUAAGCAGCCGGAUGAGUCUAUCCCAGUUUAUGUGAUUAGGCCAGAGGAUGCAGAGGGCAGAGAGCGAGUUCUGCAUCGUGACAUGCUUCUUCCCUGUGGGUUCCUACCGGUUAACCUGCAAUGUGACAGUCAGCAUGUGCUAACCAGUUCAGUUCAACGUCUCAUGAGAGCGGAUGCAGGGAGCAACACAGAAGAAACUGAGCUGGAGGAGGAGUUUGAGCAAAACGAGGAAAUAACCUUAACAUCCAGCCAAUUUCCUGACAGUGACUUGAUGGCGGAUCAAAGGGAUGUUCUGGGAGAACAGGAGGCGUCCCAGCCACAGUAUCCUCUGAAUCCUGGGCCACCUGAAUUCAUUCUAGAUCUGACAGGAUCGGAGACAGCAAACGCUGAGGAGGUGCUGAGCCCAGCCCUGACAUGUGGUAGGCCACAAAGGAGGAGAGUGCCACCGGCUUACCUCAGUGACUAUCAGGUCGGCUACAAAGUCAGUUGUAAGCAUCACAGUUUCAAUGCGCCGAUGGCACUUGCAUUGCUCAAUAACUUUUUCAUGUCAUUACAGCAACAGAUUGCUGGGUUAGUGCACUCUCUGUCAGGUGAUAAUGACGGGGACGUCACACUUUAAGCAGGGGUGGAUGUAAUCCAGUGUUACUUUGGUUAUCUGAUAUUCAGUAUAUAUGUAUAUAUCUAUAUUGGGUGUUCAGUUAUAAAAUGUUCUUUAAUGAUUUUGAGUUUUUUUAUUGCUAUUGGUUUGCGGCUGCUUUACGACAGUCGACUGUGAUAGUACAUCCUAGCGGCAGGGGCUAUGAGCUCACAUGGCUUGUAGCUGUGCCAGAGAGCAAGCUUGGGUGAGCUAGCGGGGAAUAUCUCCUUCUGCAGUAGCCUUAAAAAAAAAAGACUAUUGUUCAUUCUCCUGCCAGGUAAAAAUCUGUUUCAUAUGUAUAUUGUACUAUUCCAUGUGUUAUCAUGUGUUUGCUAUGAUGUGAUGUGUAGUAAUGGUUAUUAAGGUGCUAAUCGCUAAUCGGGGAUAAGCUAGCAAGCUCGACAAUUAGCCGCCAUGCUAAGCGGACUUUGGUAGCCAAGUUCGUAUGUCACUGUGGGGUUAUGAGCUCACAUGGCUUGUAGCUGUGCCAGAGAGCAAGCUUGGGUGAGCUAGCGGGGAAUAUCUCCUUCUGCAGGAGCCUUAAAAAAAAAAGACUAUUGUUCGUUCUCCUGCCAGACGCCUCGCUGCUGUGCUGCCUUACUGCUGCGCUGCCUCGCUGCUGUACUGCCUUACUGCUGUGCUGCCUCGUUGUCGGGCUGUCUCGCGGGUGCCAUUAAGGAUCGGCAGCUGCCAUUCAUUCAUCCAUCCGGACCUCGAUUAUUUGGACCGAAGUACUCUCACACACGCCCGCACUCAGUGCCAUACACUCUCUUUAUUUUGCUGGCCAGCUAACACCAUUGUUUUAUUUUCUUGUUGCAUUCGCAAAGACUAUCCGAAGACAUUUUGGUUAUUGUCAAAUAGACACUCUCUGAUUACAGACUGAGGAGGUUGUGGUGUUACAACCCCAGGACUGAGAAAAAAGACUCUUUACACAAUAUAUUCACUUGCCACCUGGUUAGAAGUGGCCAUUGAUGAAAAUAUAUUUUACUUCCUCUUGUCUUUGUUUGUAUUGUACCCCAGGGAAGUUCUAAGUUGUUCAGGUUGAAACAUUUGCACUUAGAGUCGGUUAAGUUUCCUUUGAUGUAUCAGUAUCGAGCUGAUGUUUAUGAGUGUAUGUUAAGGACGGAUGUGCUCCAGUCCAUCAAAACUUUAAAGUGCUGGACACCGAUGGUAAAUUGCCAUCAGACCCUAAAUAAAUUGUCCUCUGCUGUUAUCCA